AUGCAGAUUGGUCAUCCUCCAUCCCGAUCAUCAAGGGCUUUAGCUAGUCUCACAUCCAACGCCGGAGCAUAUGCAGACCAGACAAAACGGUACGUGGGCGAACGAGUCAGUCGAUUGAAUAUGCAAGUUCAGAUUGGUUUAUCGAACGAUGAAAGAUGUGGCGCGUGUUACGAUUACUUCAAAGAGCGAUUCACAUUCCCAGAUCGGUCAGAUUCAAUAUUUGUACAAGGAAAGAUGCCAGACUGUAUCGCAAAGGCAUCUCAUACGGAUGAACCAGAUAUAAGUGGAUUUGAUAGAUCGAUAAACUCACAGACCGGGGUCGAAUAUUCCCAGUGGACCGAGUCGAGGACCCCUUCGUCACAAGCUCCCUCUUGUCACAACGGAAAGCUCAAUCUCCUUGACUCUACGAAGGAAUCUAUAACAAAGCAGCUAAGUAGCCGAGCCAUUAAGAAAUAUCAAAACCGCUGUUUAAACGCAGGAGGACGAAGUUUCGAUUCGCUCAGAUGCCAGAGACUGAUUGAAUAUCCAGAUGGCAUACACAAGUCGCUGAUCAGUGAUUUGAAAACUGAAAAUGGUCCCCACAAGGUCUCAAUUCCCACAGACUGCGGUCGAGAAGUCUCUUUAAAAUCGUCAAAGGAGUGUACGACUGGGGGUUACUGUACGUGGAAUUUAUGUAAUCAGCAUAUUUGUCGUAGCUGUAGGGAGCAGGGUGAGGUGAUGGACUUUGAGUAUCAUAUAGCUAAUCCUGAAGAGGCGAAGGGAAUGGGAAAGGGAUCAGGAGAAGAAGAAUCGGCAGGAGCGUAG